AAGUCGUAUAUCGCAUGUGAAUAUUUUGACAUUUCUUGAGCCAUCAAUCGUUGAAGAGAGGGAUAAGCACAAAAUCGAGAUGUUGAGGUUAGCGAUAGCAAAAAAUUGCAAUUUUUUUUCGAAAACUUUGGCUACAAAUGUUGAUCAAACAAUUGCAGUGAAUCGCUUUGCGAAUUAUUUAAAAAAAACAUCAAAUGUGACCAGUCACCGGCCAUUUUCAUUGACCACUGCUCGAUUCUGUGAAGCCAACGAAGAGAAAGAGGGUGAAGAAGAAGGUGACGAGAACGUUCACAAGUUGUACAAAAAAUACGCUGGAACGCCUCGUGAUCGAAGCAAAAUAAUCCCGGUUGAAACCAGCAUCGAAUACUUGAAGAGUGCCGCAUUCCAAAGUACAUACGGUGACAAAAAAGUGUGGGAAUUAUACCGGCGAGUGCACAAGGGACAGUUGCCAAAAUCCAAAACACGUAAAACUUGCAUCCGAGGCAAUGUCAUCGCCACUGGAAGUCCUUGUCCAAUUUGCCGCGAUGAGUUCCUCGUGCUAGACUAUCGAAAUUUGCAGCUGCUGAAAAUGUUCAUUUCACCACACACAGGAGAUGUUUUGUCUUAUCAACAAACUGGUCUAUGUCAAAAGCAACACACACGAUUACUAGUAAACAUUGAACGUGCCUACGAUUUGGGUUUGCUUGAAUACGAAGUGCCACAUCGUGAAUUCGAUUACGCCGACUAUUACGACGUGUACAAGAAACCAACGUUUCAACCCAAAUAGAAUAAACAUUUAGAUUUAGUUACAAUUUGCUCUGUUUUCGAAAUUUCAAUUUUUCAACAAUGUCCGCAUCCGCAUCUGGUGUUUUUGAAGCGAAAUUUGUGAUUGUAGGCGGUGGAAUUGCCGGUGUCUCUUGCAUUGAAACCUUAUCAUUUUAUUGUCAAACCGAAUCAAUAUUGUUGCUUACUGAAUCGCCGAUCAUCAAAGCCGCGACAAACCUUGUUGCCUUGGGUAAAUCAUUGACCCGUUUCGAUAUUGAACAAAAGCACGCCUCAACGCUCCCGGCAAAUGUGCAAGUGGUAACCGAUCGACUGCUGGAAGUUGACAGCCAUCAGAAAAUAAUUCGAACCGCUCAACAAAAUCAUCUCAUAAAAUACGAGUUUCUGUGUAUCUGUACUGGUGCUCGGCCCAAGAUUGUCGACCAAAUCAACGCAACCAAUCAGAAAUACAUUUUGGGCAUUCGUGACACCGAAUCGGUUUGCGAUUUCGAAAAGCGUAUUCAAAAUAGCCGAAAAAUUGUCAUCGUAGGCAAUGGUGGCAUUGCAUCGGAGCUUGUGUAUGAAUUGAAAAAUGUGGCCAUCGAAUGGGUGGUCAAAGAUAAAUAUGUUUCACAAACUUUUGUUGAUCCAGGUGCAGCAACGUUCUUUCAAACUCGUAUCAAAAACAAAUCAGCUGAAUCAUCGGGUUCAUCGUCACAAGCGAAUCGACCACGACUCAUAAAGCGAAUGCGAUACACCGAAGAUGCUGAAGAAACGGUGAAAAAGAGCGGUGCUGCAUUGGGACCAGAUUGGCAUACGCUGUUCAAUUUAACAGGGAAGAAUGAAGAUUUACCGAAAGCUGUUCACAUUCACUAUCAAACGGGCAUCAAAAACAUUGACAUCAAUCCAAUUUGUGAUGACCAAUUUCCUGUGCGAGUUACACUUCAAAAUGACGAAGUUUUAGAGUGUGACUUUGUAGUCUCGGCUACUGGUGUUGUACCCAAUUUAAACUUCAAGAUGAGAGCUGAACAGUUUCGAUUCGGACCCGAUGGUGGAAUUUUCGUAAAUGAAUUGAUGGAAACAUCCAUUUCGAAUGUGUAUGCCGCUGGUGACGUGUGCUUUGCUGGCUGGGAGUGGGCACCACAUUGGUUCCAAAUGCGAUUGUGGACACAAGCACGACAAAUGGGUGCGAUGGCUGGCAAAAGCAUGGCCGCCAAAUACAACGAUCAACAUAUUUACCCAGAUUUCUGCUUCGAACUAUUCGGUCAUGUGACACAAUUGUUUGGCUAUCAAGUGGUUUUACUCGGCAAAUACAAUGGUCAAGGUUUAGACAAUAAAUAUGAAGCUUUGCUGCGCGUUACACAAGACAAAGAAUACAUAAAAUAUGUGCUGGUCGAUGGCAAACUACAAGGAGCAAUUCUAAUCGGAGAAACUGGACUCGAAGAGACAACGGAAAAUUUGAUUUUAAAUCAAUUGGAUUUAACGCCGUACGGAGAUGAUAUUCUAGAUCCAGAUAUUGACAUUGAAGACUAUUUUGAUUGAAAAAAAAAAACAGAGAGUAUUGUUUAAUUUUCAGUUUUACACAUUUUUGAUUAAAUUGAAAUUAAAUAGAAAAUGAAAGAAAAAAAAA